AUGUUCAAACCACUUGCUUUAAUUGUGAUCUUCCUCUUGGUUACUGGUAACUAUUUGAAGGGAUGUGUUUAUUCUCACAAUGCCAAUAGAAGUACUCAAUAUGGAAGUACCAUUGGUGAAAAUAUUUACAUUGAAAGUGGUUACACAACUGGAAGCUCAAUUGAUAGAGGAAUUAAUUCUUGGUUCAAUGAAUAUACUGAUUACAAUUUCAAGACAAAUACUUGUGGUACUGGAAAAGUUUGUGGACACUACACUCAAUUAAUUUGGGCUAAAUCUACCGAAAUUGGAUGUGCUAAACACACCUGUUCAAGUGUUCAAGGUUUUAAAGGAGUCACUGGUAAACCAGUCAUUCUUGUUUUGUGUAAUUAUGCCACUGCUGGUAAUUACAUUGGUCAAAAACCAUACACUACCGCAGCUGGAUAA